UUUCAACCCCCUUUCCCAAUAUAUUUUAUAUUUUUUUCUGUCUUAAUUUUUUUUUUCUUGAAAAAAAUGAACACUAAACUGCUGGAGUUAUUGAGUUAAAGCAUUUCAAAGAUCUAUCAAAUUUCUUUGAAAAGAAUCUUUUCAUUUUUAGAAAGAAUAAUCUUCUUCUUUAUAUUUACUUCCUUUGAAUUUUCUUCCUACAUUUUCAUUUACAGCCUGUACUAUUCCGUACUACUUCCUUCUAUAUAAUACAGUUCAUCACUUCAAGAUUUUCGCUGUUUUUUUAUUUUUUAUUAUUAUUUUUUUUAAUUCAGUAGGAUCAUAAUUUCUGGGGUUUUUCGUUGGAGUUGGAACUUGGAAGUACAAUGGAAUUAUCAACUCAUCAAUCUCGACUUGAGAUGUACCGGAAGACGUUCUGUCUUGCCUACCAGAGUUUGGGGAUUGUCUAUGGUGAUCUAAGCACAUCUCCUAUAUAUGUUUACAAGAGUACAUUCUCUGGGAAAUUGCGUUUAUAUGAGGAAGACCUUGAAAUCUUUGGCAUUCUCUCUAUGGUUAUCUGGACACUGACUCUGAUCCCUCUUUGCAAGUACAUCGUUUUUGUUUUAUCAGCUGAUGACAAUGGAGAAGGUGGAACCUUUGCCUUGUAUUCGCUUCUUUGCCGAUCUUCUAAAAUGGGCUUUUUUUGUCCUUCUCAAGUGAAGUAUGCACACCCAUCUUAUGAAGCUGCGGCUUCUGGAAAGGAAAGCAUGAGUAGUCUGGCUCUUAAAGAAUUUUUUGAAAAGCAUUAUUAUUCACGUCUUAUCCUCUUUCUAGUAGUUCUCCUAGGGACUAGCAUGGUAAUUGGGGAUGGGAUUCUCACUCCAACAAUGUCUGUCCUAUCUGCAGUCUCUGGCCUAAAAGUUAAGAUUCCUCAUUUAAAUGAGUAUCUUACUCUUGGUGUGGCCUGCAUUAUCUUGAUGGGAAUUUUUUCUCUUCAGCAUUUUGGGACUAGCAAAGUUGGCUUCCUUUUUGCUCCUAUUCUUGUUGCUUGGCUCCUCUGUGUUGGUGGAGUAGGGUUAUACAAUAUAAUUCACUGGAAUCCUGGGGUCAUUCGUGCAGUUUCACCAUAUUAUGUCUACAAAUUUUUCAAAGUAACUGGAAAAGUGGGAUGGAGUUCACUUGGGGGUGUUGUCUUAUGUAUUACAGGUGCAGAAGCAAUGUUUGCCGAUCUUGGCCACUUCUCUCAGCUCUCUUUGAGGAUUGCAUUUUCCGGAUUUGUCUAUCCUUGUUUAGUUCUUGCAUAUAUGGGUGAGGCUGCUUAUCUUUCUAAGCAUAGCGAAGAUCUUCAGAGUAGUUUCUACAAGGCAAUACCUGAGUCCAUUUUUUGGCCCUUUUUUGUGAUCGCUACGCUUGCUACUGUUGUUGCCAGUCAAGCAAUUAUAUCUGCGACAUUUUCCAUCAUAAGUCAGUGUCGGGCCUUAAAGUGUUUUCCACGUGUCAGAAUGGUGCAUACAUCUGACGAUAUAUAUGGCCGGAUCUACAUACCAGAGGCCAAUUGGAUAUUGAUGGUGCUUUGUCUAGCUGUUGUCCUGGGCUUUAGGGAUACAGAUAAAAUAGGCAAUGCUUAUGGUCUGGCAGUGAUUACUGUAAUGUUUGUUACAACGUGCUUAAUGUUUCUCAUUAUAGUGACUGUGUGGAAAAAACAUGUCCUUGUGGCUCUCUUUUUUGUGCUGUUCUUCGGAUCAAUUGAGCUCUCAUAUAUGUCAGCUUGUCUGAUCAAGAUACAUCAAGGAGGCUGGGUCCCUUUGGUUUCUUCUCUUAUAAUUUUGUGUUUGAUGUCAUUAUGGAAGUAUGGUACUAUGAAGAAACAGGCGUUUGAGCAUCAAAACAAGGUGGGCUUGGACAGAUUUUUGACUCUUGGUCCUAGCCUUGGUGUUCUCAGGGUUCCUGGAAUUGGUUUGAUAUACUCUAAUGUGACCACUGGGGUCCCACCGAUGUUUUCUCAUUUUGUUGCAAACUUCCCUGCUUUUCAUCAAGUCCUCAUUUUCGUGACAAUCGAAACACUACUAAUCCCCAGAGUUCCUGUUAAUGAGCGUCUUGUGAUUGGUCGGGUUGGUCCUUUAGAACUCCAUAUAUUUCGUUGCACUGUGAGGUAUGGAUAUAAGGAUACUAGAGACACUUAUGACUUAGAGUCUAAGCUAAUUGACGAGGUAGCAGAGUUCCUGCAACAUGGACCCCAUGAGAGCGAAACACUGACAUCUUCAAACAACGUUGCUGAUACGGAUGCUGCUCCAGAGGGUGGGGCUGUUACUGUUGGCAGGAGAAGAGUAAGGUUUAGAGAAGUUGAGCCGAGUGGCCCAAAUGUCAAUGUCAAGAAGCUUAUGGAGGCAAGACAAUCUGGAGUAGCAUACAUGAUAGGCAAUACUUGUGUAGUAGCAAGAGAGGAAUCAUCUUUCUUUAAGAAAAUAGCCAUUAACAUUGUAUACAGAUUCCUGAGACAGAACUGUCGAAGACCAGCAGUGGCUCUUGGGAUUCCGCACACAUCACUGAUCGAAGUAGGAAUGGUUUACCAUGUAUGACGGACAGACAACUUGUUAGUGUGCUGGUGGAUGCGAUGGUUUACCAUGUACACGUCGUUUAUAUGUACAAAAUUGGAGAGGUUAGGAUAUAAAUGUGUUUGCUUUUGCACAUAGUUUUCAUAUGUGUACAGGUAACCUGUUAUAGUUUUUGGAUAGACUGCUUGACCUUAAACUGAGUAGUUUAAAGCUAGAAUUCUUUCAAAGAUAGACCUUAUGUAAUUAACGUUUUUUGUUUACAAAAAUGCCUGAAAUUAGGACAAAGUCAGCAUAAUUUUAUAGGUCAACGCUUGUUGCUUAAUUGACGUUA